AUAUACCAAAAACAAAAUAAUAUUGCAAUCCCAAGAAUGGUACUUCAGGAUGUAUCUACUAGGUGGGAUUCUACUUUAAAGAUGUCACAACUUGGAUUAUUAAUUAAUAUUUAUUGUUUCAGGUAAAAUAAUACCUCAGAAAUGGAAGAAUACAAGAGAUGCGUGGAUGAAAUGCGACAAAAAUAUACGUGAAUCGAAAUCUGGAGCAAGUGUAAAACCAGUACAUAAAUACCCCACGGUCAGCCCAAUUUGGAUCAAACAUGAUGGAAGAAAAAAAAACUGAAGUUACUAAUGUCAACGAAAGAAAGAAAAACGAAGAAAUAAAUCCUGUAGAUAAGAAAAUGAUUAAGUUUAUGGAAACGUUAGAAAAUCAUGACGAUAGUAGAAUGAGAUAUUUUUUAAAGGCUCCUACCGAGCAGCAAACGCCACAGCUGUCAAUGAUUUAUUACCUGUGUCAAUCCAGUUUCACAACAAAUUGAAAGAACAACCAAAAUACUCUAGAGCACCAGUUACACAUAACAGAUGUAUAUUUCUGCUAUGUAAUAGUACUUCACAGCGAGUAGUUCCUUUUGUAUUAAGGGUGAGGGUCUUUAAAGAUCACAAGUACUAUACAUAUACCGCCGAGUUGUCGUUUGGAUUGCAUUUGUCAAGGCAGUCAUGUUUAGAACUCUUCGAAGUUGAAAACGUUAACCGAAGUUUCACAGCAGCUCACAUAGAAGACUUUUGAGAGUUAUUGAAAAAUGAAAACCACACUUUAGAUUUUGAAAAUAUUGAGCAAAUUGAUGACUAUCUAGUGUGGUAUUGGCUGAGACGCACGAAAGAGCAAUUCAGAGAACUCGAAGCAGAACUCCCUGAUUUUCAAAAACGUGCUACAUCACUUGGCGCUUAUUUAAUGAAACUCAGAACAGGAGACUCGGACGAAAGAAUCUCUUCAUUAUUAAAAAUUUGAAGAAGUACUCUCUCAAGACUUGUUGCCAAAGCAGGAGAGAUUACAAAGGAAUGCUUUGUGCCAGCACAUACAUAGGGUUACAACAUUGGCAGCAAGAAACCUAUAUAUUCCUGAGUCUUUGUUUGGAAACCCUGGGACUAAUAUGGAGGAUAGAAAGGCAAUCACUUUAAUGGUUGGAACAUAUAUUUAUGUUCAGAAGAGUAGUAAUUAUGCAUACCAAAAGAAAUCAUAUUCCCUCCAUAAAUAUAGGAACCUUGUCAAACCGUUCAUUAUAGUAGGUUGUGAUGGCUAUAUAAUGAGGGUUUUUGAAAUUUUUUCUGCCGCCAGGCGGCGCUUCGUAUGCGUCAGGUCCAAACAGCUGUCAGAUAGCACAGAUUCUUACCGAACGUAUUAUUAUUUUAGUAAAAUUUUAUGUAUUUGGAAGUGUUAUUGAUUUUAUUAUGGAUUACGGCCAAAGAAAGGUUGCCGAACUAAAGAUUGAGCUCAAAAAGAGAGGCGCAAAAGUUACUGGUACUAAAGAAAAGCUCAUUGAAAGGCUAAAUGACUAUGACAGAAACAACAGCUUCAAAUCAAAUAAAAAUGAUAAUUCUAAUCUCUCAAGUGAGAUUAAUUAUGUAAUAGAAUGGCCAGAAGAAAAGUUAUACAAAAGUGUGGAUUCAACAACAGUUUUACCCAAUUUUGACAUUAUUAACAUAAAUACGUAUUUCCUUGAAUUGUAUAAAGACAGCAUAGGAAUGUCAGAUUAUUCUGCAGUGCACAGAAGAGGUUAUAAUAUGCUGCAAAAUAACUACCUACUCGCAUUAGUGACCGCAAAUACUAGUACACAUAUAUUUUUCAAAGGUCAAGUCCAUUCUGAAAAUACAAAAGCCCUCACUUAUUUUGCUUCAAUUGCCAUAUGUAAUGGAAGUGGAUCUAUUAUACAAUCGGUGUGUGAAUGUGUAGCAGGGAAAGGACCAAAAGCCAUUUGCAAGCAUGUGUCAGUUUUGUGCUAUGCUAUACUCAAAUUCCGAGAGCAGAAUAAAUGGUUCAUUAAAAUGACUCCAACACAAAAAAAACAAGUAUGGCAUGUACCUAAAAAAAAUAAACUUGAUGUUUCGCCGAAAAAAGCAGAGAACCUUUCAUAUGAAAUAGCAGAAUAUAAUGUUUGCAAAAAAUAUAAAAGAAGUACGUGCUAUGAUCCAAGACCACAGUCCUCUAUCAGUCAGGGAAAAGAAUGGGCUGCAACAGUUAGAAAUAAAGUCAUUAACUACUGCUCAUUGUCACAAAAAAGAAUAGGAUUAUGUGGAAUUUUGGACAGUGCUAACAUGCAAGAUGUGAUACAUGACCAUGAUUACCUACCUUUUCCUUUACAUCAUCAACUUAUUCUUAAUAAAAUAUCUGUAAGCCAUUUAUUCUAGAUGAAUUUAUUCAUUAUAGUAGCUACGACUUGUACAAUCUUAUUGACUGUACUGUUGCAAGCGAGGUGGUGAAUCAUGAGAAGUUGUAGCUACUAGAUUUUUUUAUUAUUUAGUAUAUUAUGUAAUCAUCAAUAUUGAUUGCACUAGCAUAGGGAUUAUAGAUGUUUGUUUAAGUUUAUACCUUCAUACUUUCAUUAUCCUUUGCCCCUAACAGGUAACUACUGACUCAGCAAAGGAAAUUGAAAAGAAAACUAAAAAUCAGACGAAGUCAAAGUUAUGGUAUACAGAACGAUCUUUUCGAGUGACUGCUUCAAGAGUCGGUGAGAUUUGUAAAUUUACUGCUAAAAAGGACCAAGAAAAGUAUGCACAAAGCCUUAUAUGUAAUAAGAAAAUAGUAAGCAUGGCCUUAGAAUGGGGCAAGUCUAUGGAAACCACAGCAAUUGAAGCAUAUGAGGGGAAAACUGGAAAAAAGUAGAACGCUGUGGUUUAUAUGUUUCCGUGCAGUACCCUUUCAUUGGCGCUUCUCCUGAUGGAUUAAUUGGAGAUAACAAAAUUUUAGAAGUUAAAUGUCCAUAUUCCAUAAAGGAUGAAAUGAUUGGAUCCAACAAUUAUUUCCAUUUAGAGCGCGAUUCGGAGUAUUUGCAACUGAAAGAAACAAGCAACUAUUAUUACCAAAUCCAAACGCAGUUACUUGUCACAGGAAGAGAUUGUUGUGAUUUAUUUAUAUGGACUAAUGUUGAUGAAAAAAUAAUAAAUGUUAAAAAAAAUGAUUCAUUUAUACAAAAUAUUAUAAUCCCUCAAGUAAAAGCUUUCUUUUUUCAAUUUAUGUUGCCACAGAUAGCAAAAAAUAUGUAUGAUUGUUAAUAUAUUUUUAUAGUAUAUUGUAAGAUUCUAUGUGAUAGAAAUUAGGACAAAGUUUAAUUUUGUAUUAUUUUUAUUUUUAACAAAGUUUGUUUAAUACAGUACUGGUAAAAGCAACAUCAAAUAAAAUAAAAUUGAAAAAAACAUGUUUUACUUUAUAAUAUUAUUUUUGAAAUUGGUUAACAUAAAACAUACAAAUAUUAUUCUAUCUGCUAAAGGCACCAAUUUUGAAUCCAACUUGCCGCUUAAGAUCUUAAAAGUUUUAGCCAAACCAAUGACCCUUUCAACGUGUAUCCGUUCUGAAGAUAUUUUUUUUGACCUUGUCAGUUGAGAAGUCUCAAAUUGUCCAUCAGUAUUUUUUAAAAAUUCUGGCACAUUAACUGUAACAUCUUUAUGGCACACUAGGUCUUGCACAUUAAAGCCACGGUCACUAAGAAUGAUAUCAUUAGGUUCAAGUUUAUCAAUAAGUCCACAUUUUUCAAACAAUUCACGAUCACUCGUAGAUCCACCAUAUGCAUCAGACACAAAUGUAACGCAGCCUGAUGCUGAAAUCCCAACUAAAACU